UAAUCUUUUUUAUAAAAUGGUAUAUGGGAUGAAUUUGCAAACAUUUAUGAAAGUGAGAGAUGACUAGGACUAGCUGAAGGUUGGCAUAGUGUGAGCAAGUCCUCUGAACUAACUGAUACUAGUCCAUAGCUUCUCUGGAAUGGAGACUGCAUGUUGUGCCAGACUACAAGGUAGACAAAUAUCCCCUAGGAACUAAGGUGAAACCACAAAGCACAUGUCAUUUGUGACCAGAUCUAAACGUGUGUCCUAAGAAUGGAGGUGUUAAUGUAUUGUAGCUAUCAACCUGAAAAACUUAUUGUAUACAUUUUUGUUGUUAUAUUAAUAUGGAGACAAAUAUUUCUGUAAGCUGGAAAAAAAUCUAAUAAAUGACCCCUUAAGCUUACAAUAGUAGUUUUAUAGAUGGUGACUAGAAUUUCUGAGUUAUUGUUUGUAUAUUAUCAAGUUUAAACUCACAUCUGGAAAUGAUUCAGCAUGGAAAACUAUAAAGUAACCAUUUUUUACAUCAUUUCUAACCGUCAGUUCACUCAAAGUAGGAACUGAUACUUCUAUUUUCAGUUUUCAUUCACUUAGGGCUGUGUCUGUCAAAAUGCCAGUAGCAAAAAAGUUUAAAAUAUUAAUACAAUUCAGUUGUGAUUUUUUUUUUCAUACGAGUAAAUGACCAUUUGAGAAUUUUUAUGCUUGAGUAAAACAGAUUAGGCAAAUUCAGCCAUGGAGUAACUCUGUUUUAAUUAACGGAGUUACACCAUUGAUGAAUUUGGCCCACGAUAGUGAGAUAUGUUUCUUUCAUAUUACUUUGCAAACUCAAUUUCAAGUGUAUUAAAAAAUGAACCUUCUGAUGAGAAAACUAGAAUUAUGUACAAGCAAUUUUUUCAUUUUUCCUCUUUCAUUCACUCAGGAACAUGGAAAAGCAAUGUGAUUUAACUAAGUAUAAUUACAGUGUACAAUUAUGAUUAGGCAACUGUUUCUCUUAUUCCCAUCUUCUGUUGCAUACUUGGCAAAUAUCUUUAUUUUCUUUGCGAAACCUUGUCAUGGAUUAAAUUAAAAUUCAGUUUAUGUUUUUUAAAGUUGUGUUUUAGAUAAAGGGAUUUCCAUUUUAAUGUCUAAAUCUUAUAAAUCAAGGUGGGUUUUUUUAAAUCACAUUCUUAACAUUUAAAUUUAAAUGCUUUUAAAAAGGAGCUUCAAAUUUAAAUGUUAAUGGUGGGUGAGUCUAAUCUUUUAUUGGACCAACUUCUGUUGGUGAGACAGACAAGCUUUCUCUUAUACAGAGCUCUUCUGCAUUUAUUGUUAUCUUUACUUUGCACUUAGAGUUAAAUAUGAAAAAAUACCUUUAAAAUUUCAACAUCCAAAAAUCUCCAUUGGAAAUGCAUUCUGAAUCAUCUUUUAAUACACAAACUUAGAAAGUAAAAAUCUUACAUUACAAUGCAACAUGAAAUGUACUUUUUGUUUUUAUUCACAAUGCUAUAGAACAAGGGUCAUCAAUAAAGCAGAGGAAGCUCCCACUAAACUCAAGAUUUGAGAUUAUUUAAAAGCUAGUCAGCCUCGGCCCAUUCGCAUCAAAGAAAAGUCUUUGACUGGAAAUCUCUUCUCACAUUCUGGAAAGCUGAGGAAUUCGGGUAAUUUGGAAGGGUCCUGUACAGAAAGUAUUUUUGGCUUCUGCUUUCAACAGAUUUCACAUUUUUAGGCAGGCUUACAGUAACUUUUCAGCAGUUGAAAAUGGACACAAUCUCACACUUGUAUCUCUCUCCUCUUUUCCUCUUCUUACUAGCAUAUGUCUUGACAAUAGGUAAAAUACAACUACCUGUCUCUCAGGUAGGGACAGUGGAGAAUGUGAUUAUUACUGAUUCAACCCUUGAGAAGCAGAACUCACUGGUAGAUACAAAUUUAGCCUUAAUUUCAAAUAAGGUAAUGCUUCACAAAAGGUGUCACCAGCCAAUAGCUUUGCAUUCAAUACUCUAUAGGAUACGAGUUAGCUAAUAAACCAUACUGGCAGUUUUUUCCUAUAAAAACAUUGGAAGCAGGGGUCCCUUUGGGCUGGCUUGUAGUGACUUGGUACGUUUUUCUAGCUACCGUCUGUUACUCCAGAAUCUAAGUUCUCAUUUAAAAAAAAAUAAGGGCCAGGUCCUCAGGUGGACCUGACCUUUAAUCCAAGAAGUAGCCACAGGCCUACAAGGCCUCCAGUAUAAAUUAUAAUAGAGGCUGGAGAUUCUGGACAUAUCACCUACUAGUCUUUCUCUAUCUCUGGCAUGCCUCUAAACACCCAUUACACCUAGGAGAUGUAGAGCUGGCUAUACCAUCAUCAUGCCAUCCAGGGAUUCCCCUGUACAAGAUGCACCUCAGGGGCCAAGGAUCUGGCCCUAAGGACUUGUCUACAUGAGGAAGUUUUACUGGUAUGCAUUAGAAUGUGAUUUAAAGUGCUAUAGUUAUACCUGUAUAACACCCCAUGUGGACACUCUUAUUGCAGUAGAAGAGUACCUUUUUCCAAUUUAGCUUAUAUUGCCUUCUGAGUAGUUUAAGCUAAACCAAAAAAGCCACUUUUAUCCCAGAAUAAAGGGCAUGUCUACAGGCACUACAGUAGCACAGGAAUUUUUCCUUUGAGAUAGGUAAUCCACCUACCCGAGCAGCAGUACCUAGGUCAAGAGAGGAAUUUUUCUAUCAGUCUAAAUGUGUCUACACCAGUGGUUAAAUUGACUUAAAUAUGGCACUCAGGGGUCUGAAUUUUUCACACCCCCGAGUGAUGUAUCUAGGUUGAUCUAAAUUUUAAGUGUAAACCAGGGAUGAGUCCCUACAUGGGGGAAUUAUACCAGUAUAACUAUAAUGGUUUAACCAUACUGGUAUAAUUAUACCAAUAUAACUGGUAUAAUUAUAGUGUACUAGUCUACACUUAAAAGUUAGGCCAACAUUGCAACAUUAUUCACUGGUGUGAAAAGUCUAUGUUUCUUUUGACAUAGUUACCAUCAUUUGUGGAGGUGGUGUUCCUACACCAAUGGAAAAAAAACAAUGGCCUUUCGGUGUAGGCUGCAUCUAUGCUACAGGGUAAUGCCAGAGUAGCUACAGUCUCUGUAGCAUAGAUAUACCCUGGAAAAAAUCUUUUGUGCAGGCAAUCCCUUAGCCUCUAGUUACUAUGGUUGGGGAAAUAACCUUCAAAUUGUAAAUUGAGUGUAAACCAAUGCAGUGAUGUCUACCAGAGUCUAUGUCUACACUGCCACUGCAGUUCCCGGGUAUGAACAGCAAUGCACACCAAAGUGUUGCACUGUAACUCCCCUGUAUGAAUGCUGUGAGCGUGAACUGGACAGGUCCUAGUGCGCAAUAAUGUAGUGCUUCAUCUACAUGGAGGAGUUACAGUGCAGCACUGUGGUGUUCACUGCUGUUCACAUCCCCAUAGUCCAAACUGUGGAGCAGUGUAGACAAGACCUGAGUCUGCAGAUCGUCUGUAAUAAUAGCCCUGAGAGGUGUGACGUUUGCCUAUUGACCACAAUACAGUGUUAACAUGGAAGUAUAACAAUUACAAGUGUCAACAUUUUUAACUAUUUCACUGUUGGAGGAAGCACACACAAAAAAGAGAGGACCGAUCAUAUUAUGAAAAUAUGCACAGUCUAGUAUGAGAAGCAGCUUAAUCCUGCUUAGGGGCAGCAGGGGAAACUAAACUUGAGAUCUUAAAUACAGAAAUCCUGUUAUUGUCUGCAUAGACUUUCAAUAGUAUCAAUGGCACUUGUUGUAAGACUGGGGGUUUUCACUGAUGGCUUUGAUCAACAUUUUCCAAAGAUGAUUCUCUCCUUGCAAGUUUUUAAGCAGUGUAACUCUGUUGACAUCAGUUGAAUUAUUCCUGGUUUACACUAGUGUAAGACCAGAACUAGCUUUCCGACACAGCUUUUGUGCAGUAUGCUCUGUUCUGCUGCCUUCUUAUCUCAGAGUUAGAUGUAAGUCAGUAGUGCUGUGUUUAUGUAUGCUUACAGUUUUUGAAGCACUUUUAGGUUGUUCUGGAUGAAAGAUACUAUUUACAUUUUGAAUUAUUAAUUUUAAAUUGGGGCAGGGGUUCUCUUUUUCUUAAGCAUUUCCAAGACACCCAUUAUGUGGUAUCGAACCUGCAUGAACCUUGGUUGAGGUUUAAUAAAGCAUAUGGUAUCUGAUUUGUUUCAUGCAACCAUGGAAAUGGAUGACAGUGGUCAACGUACCUUUGUUUUAGAAAUACUUGCUUAAAGUGCUGUCAAUAAGGAAAAACAGUCUCCAUCCUCAAUUCAAUUAAUUCUCUUACAAACUGACCUGAUAAUGUACUUAAUUCUGUAAUCCUACUUGCUCUGUGACACUCUUUCCUCAAUAGAUGUGAAAUUAUUAAGAAUGAAGAAUCAUAGUUCAUUAAUGGUUAUUUGCACUGCAAGGUAACUGAAGUUCCCAAGCUAGCUUCAGCACUGAUCCACCACUGGCAGAAAAUCUGUCCAGGGUGGAGGUGUGAUGGUGUAAGAAGUAUUCAAAACUCCUUCUGUAAAGGGAGCUCUUAGCUGCCCAGCCCAGCCCCCAAAGUAGCUGUUGCUAGGGGGGGAGGAAUCACGGACAGGGCAGUCUCUGAUUCAGAAGUCUAUACAGAGGUUUCCAAGUUUCAACGGCAAUUUAAAACUGACUGCUCUCGGGAACCCCAGAGGAAAACUGGGGGUAUAAACAUUGCCUGUCACCCCUGGAAUGAAUCCACCAGGGUGCAGCAGCCAUCACUAGUUUUGGGAAGUGCAAUUUUGGAAAAAACUGUAAAAAAAACUGAUUUAAAUUUUCACCACGGGUGGCGGACAUCAUAAGCCAGGGGAGGCUAAACCUUCCCUAAUCCAGGUUGUGGCCUCACCCUGACGCCCCACCCUCAUUCCCUUGAAGCCAGUGAGAUCUGAGAUUAUAAGAACAUAAGAAUGGCCAUACUGGGUCAGACCAAAGGUCCAUCCAGCCCAGUAUCCUGUCUACCCACAGUGGCUAAUGCCAGGUUCCCCAGAGGGAGUGAACCUAACGGGUAAUGAUCAAGUGAUCUCUCUCCUGCCAUCCAUCUCCACCCUCUGACAGAGGCUACGGACACCAUUCCUCACCCAUGCUGGCUAACAGCCAUUAAUGGAUUUAACCUCCAUUAAUUGAUCUAGUUCUCUUUUAAACCAUUAUAGUCCUAGCCUUCACAACCUCCUCAGGCAAGGAGUUCCACAGGUUGACUGUGCACAGUGUGAAGAACUUCCUUUUAUUUGUUUUAAACCUGCUGCCCAUUAAUUUCAUCCAGCGGUCUGGAGCUCAGGGUUCACUGCCCCAAGGACCUUGCAAUCUAAGGUCCCAAUCCUGCAACCUGUUCCUCAAGGGCACGCUCCUGCGCUCAUGGGGAAGUUGUGGUAUCGGGACUCAAGUAAUGGCCAAUGUCCGUUUCAAACUCUGCAAUAUACUAGAAGGGAUUUCUUUCUUUACUUUUUUAUAUACUAUUCACAGCUUCUAAUGGCAAGGGCAAUGUCUUGGCUGGAUUUUAUUCUCUCCGCCCAAUCAGUACCCAGAUCAAAGAUGUUUCCUGAAGAGUCCAGGAGGGCCAGGCCCGCGGGUGAGAAGGCACUUCACACUGCCUCUGACAGUGACAGUUUUUAAAAAGUAUUUUGUUGUGUGGGGCUGAUCGCGCCACUGGGGCUGGCUUCAGACGACCUGCCGCGGGACCACGCGACCAAUGGGAGAUUUCACGCCGGGUUCUAGGAAGCUCUUAAAUGUCUCACUGAAACACAGGGAGUAAAACCCUCUGUGCUCCCCUCCCAGAGAGCGGAGAGAGCGACCACAGCAGAGUCGGGCAAUUCCUCCCCAGCCAGGGAGUCUCGCCCCUGCCCCUCUCCGGCAGCAAAGACCUCGACCUCCUGUUUCUAUGGGCGGGAGGCUCAUGUGGUGCUAAUGAGGAAGCUUUAGGCAAUUAGCAGCGGCGGCAGGACCUCGCUUCCUGCUCUCCUGAGGGAGGCGUCUGGAUCAUGGCACCUCCCCGCCUGGGGGAGGGAGACGGCACAACGCCAACGCCUCUCCCGCCUGAGCCGAAUUUAAACUGCGUUACUACUCCUCGCGCAAAGCACUAAUGCUGGUCGAACCCUUGCGCCGCUCCCUCCUCUAGCCCGCAGCCAAUAGCAGCCCCACUUCGUGACUCGGCCGGCCAAUCCAGACACGCUUUAUUGGAGGUUGGGUGAAGCUCUCGCCGAGCGCGCUGCGAGUUGUUGGGUUCAUUCCGCUGGGCAGGGGAGGCGAUUCUCCAACCCCCCUCCCCCUUUGUUGGUGCCUCUCCCGGGAGAGCGGCAGAGGCCGGCGAUGCCCGAGUUCCUGGCGGACCCGUGGGUGCUGACCAAGGAGAAGCUGAAGAGCGAGCUCAUCGCCAACAAUGUGAGCCUGCCGGGCGGCGAGCAGCGCAAGGACGUGUAUGUGCAGCUCUAUCUGCAGCACCUCACCGCCCGCAACGCGCCCGCCGCGCUCGCCCAGCCCGACUUCUCCAGCGACGAGGAGAGGGAGCCCACCCCGCUCGGCGCCAGAAGCAGAGGAGGAGCCGCCCCCGGCCGGAAAGCCACAAAGAAAACAGACAAACCCAGGCUGGAGGAGAAAGAUGACCUAGAUGUAACAGAACUCAGUAAUGAAGACCUUCAAGAACAACUUUUAAAAUAUGGAGUGACCCCUGGUCCAAUUUUAGCUACUACAAGAAAGAUCUAUGAGAAGAAAUUGCAGAAACUGAAGGAACAAGGCCCAGCGUUGGGGUCUUCGACACCUCUACCAACAGUUUCUUCAUCAGCUGAGAACACCAAACAGAAUGGAAAUAAUGAUUCUGACCAGUACAGUGACAACGAAGAAGAUCCCAAGGUAGAGUUCAGACUUGAGAAGAGGGAACCACUGAAGGCCAAGACAAAGACUCCAGUAACACUCAAACAAAGAAGAGUUGUUGAACAUAAUCAGAACUAUUCUCAAGAUGGAGUUACUGAGGCUAUCUGGACAAGUGGAUCUUCAAAAAGUGGACCUCUUCAGGCAGUUUCUAGGGAGUCUACAAGAGUAUCAAGAAGAACACCAAGGAAAAGGGUGGAAACUACAGCACAGUUGCCUGUAGAUGAUGCAGUAAUGUCAGAGGGUACUCCCAUAGCUGAAACUAUAGUGGCUUCAAGCAACGAGACCCUACAGGUUGUCAAUAGGGUGCCUGGAAAUUUCAAGCAUGCAGCUCCUACACUGUCAAUCAGUGAAUUCUCAGACUUGCCCAGAAGAACACCAAAGAAACCAUUGAUGACAGCUGAACACUUUCGCUUACCCCAGCAAGAGGAAACAGGUCGUCCUCAUAAACAUACUGUUAACAUUGGUCACACACAAUCCAGUGAUCUGCUCAACACAGCCAUGAUAGAGGAAACUGAGGACAACGCUGAAUGCAUCUGGACUCCAAAAAUCACUAGACAGCUGCCAGUAACAAAGCUUAAACCAACAAUUAAAAUCCAGGUGAUGGAGAAAACACUAGCAGAAGAACGAAGAGUAGAAAGAGAUAUUCUUAAGGAAAUGUUCCCAUAUGAAGUAUCCACACCUACAGGCAUUAGUGCUAGCUGCCGCAGACCAAUCAAAGGAGCUGCUGGCCGACCUAUAGAGCUCAGUGACUUCAGAAUGGAGGAAAGCUUUUCAUCUAAAUAUAUUCCAAAAUAUGUUCCCUCAGCAGAUGACAAACCAGAGAAACCAACAACAAAAAAACGCUCCAUUCCCAUGUGGAUAAAAAUUCUGCUGUUUGUUGUUGUGUCAGUGUUCUUGUUUGUGGUUUAUCAAUCUAUGGAAACCAACCAAGGAAAUCCUUUUUCUAAGUAUCUUGGUGUCUCUGAGGCAGAUACCCCAGCUGAUUGAUCAUCUCCUAUGGCACACCCAACUUGGUCUCCGUUUUUUUUAAUUGUAGAAAAAAAACUCUUCUUCCCUACUGUCGUCGCAAGGACUGCUUACAAAUGUGAUUGCAACUUGACAAAUUUGAAUAAUGAAGCAUAAGUAAACAAGACAGUAUAAAUGGACAUCAGUAACUUUUUCUGGACUAGUAGGAGAUAACUUUGUGCCAUAUGAGUAACAUUUUUUAGAUCUCUGGGACUUUUUGUAGUUAUUUUUUUAAUGUGGACAUCUUUAAAUUCAUUUUUGAGAAACUGUAUAUUUGUUUUUGCAAACUUGGAAGCUGAGAAGGGCAAAAAUGUAGUAAAAUGUGAAGCUGUGUUUAAAUGCUUUGACUACGUACAGAAAAGAGGUUGUACUUUUUUUCUCUACUACCCAAUGUAGGGUGAGGAAGGAGGAGAUAUUAUUAACCUGACAAAAGGAAAUGCAUUCUUGGAUGCAUUUUAUUGUAAUUGUUCAGCUGAAUUUGAUAUAUUGUAGCUUGUAGGGAAAGUCUGGCAAUAAACUCUUCUGUAAUACUGUAACUUUUUAGUAAAUGUAACUGUAACCCUGCUGUAGACAGUUCUGUAAGGUCUUAGUAACGUUAGUAACUCCACCUAAGAAUAACAUCAGGUUUUUUUAAUUGUAGCCCUUAAUUUUAGUGCUUAAUACUGUUGUAGGAACCUAAUAAUUACAGAUCUAAUUGGCAACAGAUCUGUCUUUAUAGAGGAACUUAUUUAUUAGUAAUAUGUGUGAAAAUAAAAUUUGCAUCAAAUAUAAUUUGCUACCAAAAUAUUCUUUGAAUCCGUUUUUUGUUUAUUGAAGGACUCAAAGUCUAAAGCACUGUGCUACAUCUUAAAUUCUUCACCAGCAUGAUUCAGACUGCAGAUAAAAUUACUGCAGGGCUAUGUUCUUCAAACAUAAUUUGUCAAGUCUUUCCCACGCAGCUUAAGAUGAUACUCCUUGCAGAUGUUCAUGUAAAAAUGAGUUGCUUCUAUACUCCUCUUGGAUACUCCCUAUAUCAUGAAGUUUCAUGUUUGAUGUGAAGAGGGCAUUGUUAUGCUUUGACUUUUAAUUUAGGUUAAAAUUACUCAUCUUGGAUUCAGUUAAUUAUUUUCUUUUUUCAGUGGAAAUAGGUCUAAACAUUCUAAAUUCCAUAACCUAGCUACAGGCAACUGAUUUUUUACACAGCCAGUGAAGUCUGAAAUACAAAUAGAAUAUAAAGUGAAUGUAUAAAAUUGGUGCACUUAAGUCUGCAACAUAUUGCAUAUUCUAUACAAAAUUACCAUUGUAACCUUAUAAAAGUGGUACUUUCUCUUUUUUAAAAAAACUUAGAUAUAAAUUAAUAUAGUCAUAUCUUUUUUACUUUAGAUACAGUGUAAUAUUUAGUUGCUCUUAUGGAAACUCUUACUUGCUAUGUGCUUGAGGCAACUUUUACUGCUAUUUGGUAGCAAAGCAAUAGCCUUUUGUCUAAAUGCUUUAAUUCUUUUAAUUUUUGAUUUUAAUCAAAUAAUAAAACUUGUGUUCAUCCUCUAAAAAACUGUAACAGAAAACAUUAAUUUUUUUGGUGUCAAAAUGUGGAAAAAAUAAAGAUGCAGUGUGUACUUUA